CUAAAUUACAGAUUUACAUAACAUGUUCCACCCCAAUAUCUUCAUUUUCUUCCAGUUCACAGUUCAUUGCUAUCAAGGAAAUCUGAAAUGCCUCCUGUUGCUAUAACAACUAUCUAUAUAUGUCCCAUCUCAUGGUUAAUCCAGUUUUAUAUACUCUGAGAGCACUUCUGAUAUGAUUCAUGUACACUUUCCCUUUCCCUUACCAGCUAAAGAAGGCCAAGUAGUGAUGGAAUUUUGUUUAGCUUAACAGUCACUUAUAUUCUCCUGGUUUCAAGUUUUCAAUCUUCUAUGAAAAAUUACAAGCUAUUCGUGGCCAGGAAUCACAUCUUCUACUUCUGUAUUCACUACACCUGAGAAUUUUCAGUUGUUGGGAGAGUGGGGAUGGAUACUUAAAUGCUGUAAAACAAAUACUAACAGCAUCACGAACUAUAAAGAGUAUAUAAAUCAGUUCUUGUAGAAGAUAGAAUAUAUUUGUAAUCAUUUAAACACAAUGAAUAAGCCAAUAUUUGUUUCCAAAGGACGUUUAUGCGAACAGAAUUUAGGUAGCUUUCCUCAAACUCUAAAAAUCUGUGCAGACGCAUGGUGGCGCUGCAGGAUAAUAUUGUGAGGUGGCGAGACCUACACUAGAUGAUGUUCCGGACACUGUUACCCAGUGCUCGCAGAGCGUUGGGAAGACAGAAGACUUAGAGGAGCGAACUACACGCCCCUUUCAAAGGGGUUAAAAUCCUUAGGCCUCCAAAGAUUCUGUGGACAUACCAGAGGCACGUUUCCCAGAACUGCGAAGACUAGCUUAAGCGAUUCUGCAGAAAGCCUUUGGGAAAGGAACUAUGCAGAACGGAGGGGCAGGAGCUCUGCGGAUAAGGCAAGUUCUGCUUCUCUUUGUUUUGCUGGGAAUGUCUCAGGCGGGCUCCAAGUCUGGACGCUUUUCCGUGGCAGAGGAAAUGCAGAGUGGGAGCUAUGUAGGCAAUUUGGCAAAGGACCUAGGACUGGAAGUGGGUGAACUGUUCUCUAGGGGGGCUCAGGUAGUCUCUAAUGAUAACAAACACCGUUUGCAGCUGGAUCUAAACAACGGGAAUUUGCUCUUAAGCGAAGCGCUAGACAGGGAAGAGCUCUGUGGCUUCACGGAGCCCUGUGUGCUGCAUUUCCAGGUGCUAAUGAAAAACCCCUUGCAGAUUUUACGGAUUGAGCUGGAGGUCAGGGACAUAAAUGACCAUUCUCCUGUCUUCUUAGAAAAAGAAAUGCUCCUAGAAAUCCCAGAGCAUACUCCUGUCGGUGCAAUAUUCUUACUAGAAAGUGCAAAGGAUUUAGAUGUAGGAAUCAACGCUCUAAAAAGCUACACAAUAAGCCCCAACUCUCAUUUCCACAUUAAAAUGAGAGUGAAUCCAGACAAUAAAAAAUACCCAGAGUUAGUUCUGGACAAGGCCCUGGAUUAUGAAGAGCAGUCCCAACUCAGUUUCAUCCUCACUGCUGUGGAUGGCGGUUCCCCACCCAGGUCUGGGACUGCUUCUGUUCGGGUAGUGGUCGUGGACAGUAAUGACAACUCCCCAGAGUUUGAGCAGCAAUUUUAUGAGGUGAAAAUUCCAGAGAAUAGCAUGCUAGGCUCACUGGUUGUCACCGUCUCAGCUUGGGAUUUAGACUCAGGAAAAAAUGGAGAAAUAUCAUAUACUUUUUCCCACGCCUCAGAAGAUAUUCGAAAGACUUUUGAAAUUAAUCAAAAGUCUGGGCAAGUUAGUUUAACGUCAUCCUUGGAUUUUGAAACAAUUCAAUCAUACUCAAUAAUCAUUCAAGCCACAGAUGGGGGAGGCCUUUUUGGAAAAUCGACAGUCAGAAUUCAGGUGAUGGAUGUGAACGACAAUACUCCUGAAGUCACUGUUUCAUCAAUUACCAGUCCAAUUCCAGAAAAUUCGCUUGAGACUGUGGUUAUGAUUUUUAGUAUCCGAGAUAGAGAUUCUGGGGACAAUGGAAGGAUGAUUUGUUCUAUCCCAGAAGACCUCCCUUUCGUGUUGAAAUCUUCUAUUGAAAAUUACUACACAUUGGAAACGGAAGGAACCCUGGACAGAGAAAGCAGGGCCCAGUACAACAUCACCAUCACUGUCACCGACUUGGGGACACCCAGACUGAAAACCCAGCACAACAUAACGCUGAUGGUCUCCGACGUCAACGACAACGCCCCGGCCUUCACCCAAACCUCCUACACGCUGUUCGUCCGCGAGAACAACAGCCCCGCCCUGCACAUCGGCAGCGUCAGCGCCACAGACAGAGACGCGGGCGCCAACGCCCAGGUCACCUACUCGCUGCUGCCGCCCCAGGACCCGCAGCUGCCCCUGGCCUCCCUGGUGUCCAUCAACGCGGACAACGGGCAGCUGUUCGCCCUGAGGGCGCUGGAUUACGAGGCCCUGCGGGUCUUGGAGUUCGGCGUGGGCGCCGUGGACCGCGGCUCCCCGGCGCUGAGCAGCCAGGCGCUGGUGCGCGUGCUGGUGCUGGACGCCAACGACAACUCGCCCUUCGUGCUGUACCCGCUGCAGAACGGCUCCGCGGCCUGCACCGAGCUGGUGCCCAGGGCGGCCGAGCCGGGCUACCUGGUGAGCAAGGUGGUGGCGGUGGACGGCGACUCGGGCCAGAACGCCUGGCUGUCGUACCAGCUGCUCAAGGCCACGGAGCCCGGGCUGUUCAGCGUGUGGGCGCACAACGGCGAGGUGCGCACGGCGCGGCUGCUGAGCGAGCGCGACGCGGCCAAGCACAGGCUGCUGGUGCUGGUCAAGGACAAUGGCGAGCCGCCGCUGUCGGCCAGCGUCACGCUGCACGUGCUGCUGGUGGACGGCUUCUCGCAGCCCUACCUGCCGCUCCCGGAAGCGGCUGCCGACGCGGCCCAGGCCGACCCGCUCACGGUCUACCUGGUCAUCGCGUUGGCGUCGGUGUCGUCGCUCUUCCUUUUCUCGGUGCUGGCGUUCAUCGCGGUGCGGCUGUGCAGGAGGAAUAGGGCCUCCUGGGCGGGUGGCUGCUCGGAGCCUGAAGGGCACUUUCUGGGCCAGCUAGUGGACGUCAGUGGUACGGGGACCCUGUCCCAGAAUUACCAGCAUGAGGUGUGUCUGAGAGGAGGUACUGCGACAAAUGAGUUCAAAUUCUUGAAGCCAAUUAUCCCCAACCUCCCGCUCCAAUGUCCGGAGAAAGAGGAAAAUCCUCCCUUUUGCAGUAGCUUUGGAUUCAGUAUUCAGUGACCAUAAUUAACUUUUAUACCCCAUAUGCAUUUUGUUUUCUGCCACUUCUAGACCAAUGUUAGUUAUCUCCCCCACCAAUUUGUGGAUAUUUAAAAUUGUACUGAUGUUACUUUUGUAUUUCACAUGCUCUACCCACGUUUACUUUUAAGUGAAUGUUUAUCAUUACUUGUGGUGUAAUUAGGUGGUAAUUCUCUAACCCAGGAAGUCUUAAUUUGUAAUUAAUUUGCCUCCUUAAAUAAUACCAAAUGACUUUUUGUCCCUGACCCUCUCUCCAAUUGAACUUUCACCCACAAUUAUGCCUACGGUAAAAUAAAGCAGCCCACUUUAAUGAAAUUUAUUGGAAAACUCCUCCCCCAACAAUAAAGGCAUUUUCUUCUGUAAUAUAGUUAGAUCGCUAAAGGCAAGAGUAUUUUAAGUGUUCAAGCAAUUCUUCAUUUUACUUAAAUUUUUUUUGCAGUUUUUCUUGUGGUUGCUAUUCAGAAAUAUUUUUUCUUUCUUUAAAUCACUGAAUUUUUAGUUAACAUUUAAAAAUGUCUAUUGCUAUUGAAAAUAUACAUUAAAAAUCAUGUCCUAUGAUGCAAGCAUAAGUGUUAUUACCUUGUUAGAGAGGGCUGGAAGGCAAUUUUCCUAGCAUUUCUUCAUUAUUCAUCCUAGAGCAUAAUUGUGAAGGCACAUUAAUAUUGUGGCCACCCACAAAAUCUUUGAAUGUGAAGUUAUAAUUUUCCAGAUGUCUCAUUAUAGUACAAAGCUAUACUACAAUCUAGUUAAAUGCAAGUGCCUGAAUAAUAAUUUGUAUAGUAUAAAAUGUACUUGUGUGCUAAUGUAUAUAAUGUUUUGCCUCCUGUUUUCUCUCAGGAUUUAAUGUAUAUACAAUGGGUACAAUUUUCAAACUUAAAAGAAUUAUAGCCAGUAGAAAAAUUAUGUUGUACGGAUUAUGCAACAUACAAACAUAAUAGAAAGAAAUGUUUGUUAAUUAUUUUUUCUAAUGCUUAGCUUUCUUGUGAUGCAAUCUGAAAUUACCUGUGUUAUUCCAUUCUACUUAAUUUUCUCAUGUUGUCAUGAUAAAUUGAUUUCAUGACCUACUAAGGGAUAUUAACUCAAAAUUUGGAAACCACUGUUUGAGGAGAUGUAGGUAGAACACUGAUAAGUAUCAAAAGAUAGUCCUUUAAGGUUCUAAUUUUUUAAAAAUUUCAAACCAUUGUGGGAGUAAGCUUUGUCUCAUGUUACACAGGCACCAACCAACCACGCUUGCCUUUAGUGAUCUAACUAUAUUACAGAAGAAAAAGCCUUUAUUGUUGGGGAAAAAGUUUUCCAAUAAAUUUCAUUAAAAAAAUCUAAAGCCUAUAUGAUGUUAAAGGAAAGAGUAAUGAACAAAAUGAGUCAGAAUAUAGAGGAAAAGGAAGCAUAUGUAUGAGAAAGAGGAGGCAUGGGAACGAUGAAAUGAGUGAGGGUGACUAUAAUGAUUGCUUCUGUUGCUUCUAGUGCCACAAACUAGAAUCAGUGCUAGAAACUGCCCCUUCAAGAUAUUUUUAAACUUCAUCUUAACAUUGUAGAGGGACUGGAUAUUAGUUAAUACUGUCAGGAAGUACAAUCUCUUGCUCUAGCAUUUCCAAAAUAAUCUGAUGUUUACAUUUCUUGAAAGCUAAGAUUUCACUACCAAUUCUUUUGAACUGUGUGAACUGAUUAAUUAUUUUUUGAAUUCAAGAAAAAUAAAGAGAAUAGAAGUUGCUCCAUGUUGGCUAAUUAAAUUCUAAUUUUCUAUUUUUUAGAAGUGGAAGUAGGAGCAAGAUCUUUCCCCCCUAAAUGAAAGCUGCUUAACAUAGAGAACAACAACUCAUAAGCUAUUAAUAAAGUGAAGUAUUAAGAUUACUUCCUGUCUUUAUUGCACUUAAUGGGGGAAAUGAUGGAAGAUCACUAGCUUAAAGAGAUAUAAAGUGUCAUAGCUUCUUCGCAUGCCAGACAAUAAUAAUCCUAGGAGCUGAAUACUAUUAUUACCUCUAUUUUCCAGGUAAGGAAGCAGAGAUAUAUAACGUACUUAAUGCUGACAGUGAGUGGCAGACUAGAAUUCUAAUGUAGACAUUUUGGUUCCAAAAUCCAUGCUCGUAAUGACUGUGCUAUGCUGCCUCCUAGGUAUAACAUGUCCCUUCCAGAUAUUUGUGUAUUACUCUUUAUCUGUUCAUAUGUUGUGAUAUGAUUUAAUUACUUUCUGCCAACUUGUUUUAAUUUGUGAACUCCUUAAAGAUGAGGAUUAUCUCUAUUGUAUAUGCCAUGUCCAUCCUUGUGUAUUUUAAAAUAUAUCAAUAAAAAAGUAAAUACAUUAUUAACUAUAA